UGCAGAUAUCAACCACGAUCGUCACGGAUCAUGCUGAUACGACGGAGAGGGACACUGAUACGAGUCGGCGGCUUAGUUACUGUGUUUGUGCUGAUACUAUGGAUUUUCUUCCCCUCCUUACGACUGACCGCGCUCUUCGGCGGUCUCUCACUUGGCCUGUUCUCGACGGGCGAAGAGUUCAACAUUGAAACGGUGCGGUAUUACGACUUAUCGAAUGUUGGAGGCACAAGUCGGGGCUGGGAACGAGAAGAGCGCAUAUUACUUUGCGCACCUUUACGAGACGCCGCACCACACUUGCCAAUGUUCUUCUCCCACUUGCGAAACCUUACGUACCCACACAACCUCAUCGACCUGGCAUUCCUGGUUGGCGAUAGUAAGGACAACACGUUGGAGCUUUUGUCGGAAAUGCUACAAGGGCUUCAAGAAGUGGAAGACAGAAAAAUGGCAUUUGGAGAGAUUUCGGUGAUUGAGAAGGAUUUUGGCCAGACCGUGAAUCAGGACGUGGAGAGCAGACACGGUUUUGCGGCACAAGCAAGCCGAAGAAAGAGCAUGGCGCAAGCACGCAAUUGGUUGUUGAGCGCUGCUCUGAGACCAACACACAGCUGGGUAUACUGGAGGGAUGUUGACGUGGAGACUGCGCCUUACACGAUCUUGGAAGACCUCAUGAGGCAUAACAAGGACAUUAUCGUACCGAAUGUGUGGAGGCCGCUGCCAGACUGGCUCGGUGGAGAGCAGCCAUACGACCUGAAUAGUUGGCAGGAGUCGGAGACUGCUCUCGCCCUGGCCGACACGCUUGACGAAGACGCCGUCAUUGUCGAGGGCUACGCAGAGUAUGCAACAUGGAGACCGCAUUUGGCUUACCUUCGUGACCCAUACGGCGAUCCAGAUAUGGAGAUGGAGAUAGAUGGCGUUGGUGGUGUGAGUAUCUUGGCGAAGGCCAAGGUAUUCAGAAGCGGCGUGCAUUUCCCAGCUUUCAGUUUCGAAAAGCACGCCGAGACUGAAGGUUUUGGCAAGAUGGCAAAGCGAAUGAAGUUCUCGGUCGUGGGACUGCCACACUACACCAUUUGGCAUUUGUAUGAGCCCAGUGUGGACGACAUUCGACACAUGGAGGAGAUGGAGCAGGAGCGCAAGCAACGCGAACAAGAAGAAAAGCAGAAGCAAGAACGGAUGGAGAAGAUUCAGAACCAGUUCGAAGCAGGCAAGGACCAAUGGGAGAAAGAUAAAGAGGCCAUUCGCGAUACAUCGAAGAAGGAAUCCGUCGAAAAGCAAGCGAAAGACGGCGAGAAGGAGAAGAAGGCUGGCGGGGCACCUCCCAGCGAAGUGUAA